AUGAAAAGCAUUCAUAUAAAGAAGUUAUCACCUGAAAUUCAAAGUUCCGAUACCGAUUAUAAAGUUGAUGUAAAAGAUCUUUCCAACAGAUGGGACAAAAUGACACCAGAUGAUAAGCAGGAUAUACUUAAUUAUUUGGAUGUGAAGCAAUCAUUUGCGUGGUUACAUUUAUCAGAGGACGAAAAGAAAGCAAUUUAUUACAUCAGUUUUGGUAAAUGGGGUCCUCGGAAUCAUCCACCAAUGACAGUUCCUGAAAUGGUGUUCAAAGCAUUGGUAUCUCUUUUCCUUUUCACUGCAUUUGGUUUUGCGAUGAUAAAUUAUAGGAAAGAUAAGAAGAAGGUCAAAGAACUUGAGGGAAAAAGCAAAAAAGUCGAAAAAUUGGAUGCUUCGAGUCCGGAUGAAGCGUCAGAUAAAUGA